AAACCACCAGUGAAUCAGCUACCAGUGAACCAGUUACUAGUAAAACAGUUAGUUGUCAGUUACUAGUGAAACAGUUACCUAUGAAACCUCGCUACGGAAGCCGAAACCCGUCGAAAGAAACAGCCGUCUUCUACCAGCGCAAAAACAGACAGCAGAAAAAAUUUAUUACACGACUUGGAAACAGCCAUACAGACCGGGUCGUGUACAAUAGUAUUUCAUCAAAUGAUGCUACUGACAUUUUGCAGUAAUCAAAAAAUCUGCCAGGAUACUGUCGUAAUUUUCUAGCCGUACUGUAGAACUGACUUUCCCUUACUCUAUUCACAUUAAGAGGAUGAAUCCAGUGUAUUCGUUUGCGUUCCUUUUUAUUAUUAUUUAAAGCUAAAAGUAGUGCGAUGAGUAUUAAUUCUAUCCAAGAGAUUUGCCUGACUUGAGAAACACGAAACUACUGAUUUAUCUGAUUUUUUAAGAUAUGUUUGAGGUAGCUUGUCGGAAUUCAAAUUAUGAAUUCCGCUCUGAAUUCAGAUAGGAAUUCCGGAUGUAUGAGUCCAGCCUCAGCGUGAUAUCAUAUCACGCUAAGACCUAAGCCUAUAGCCAUCUACAGUUUAUAAAAUUCACAAUGAGCUCUAAAUAAACCAGGAUCAACCUGUCAUUCAACUGACCCGGCCCUAGAAUAAGCGUAUUGCCCUGUGUAGAUUAACACUUUGUGUAAACGUUGUCGCGAUAAUCGUACUCGGUGUAAACUUGACUCUUUGCUGUCGUAUUAAUUUUGGCCGUGCGUGUGUUGUCUGGUCGGAAAUAAUUUCCGUUGAACGAACAGUGAGUACCGUAUGACCAAUACUCUCACAGUUCGUGAAUGUGUUCAUAAGAUGUUCAGGCUCAUUAGAUAAAGCGUAAACUGACUAAUGGUUGCAUUGAGUAUCGGAUUAUGGUUCCUUGCUGUGGUGGCUGAGAGUAAGCCUACGAAAGCAAUAAUUUGGUCAACAUAAGUACUACUAUUAAAAAUGAUUGUUUUUGUUAAUUCAUUCAUAUAUGUAUGUUGGUCAAUUUAUUUCUAAAUAUUUUAUUGAUUUUGUCGUUUGUUUAUCUUAAAUGUUAUUGUUUCAAGUGAAACUGUCACGGUGAAGGCGACGGCAUGUGGCACGGUGCGCGGGUGUUGGUGUUCGUGGCGCUGGGCUUACUGGCUGGGCCUUCACUUGCCCACAAGAAGUUCAAUAUCACCAUUGGCUACUUACCGGCUCUUACCGGUGACUUGCGAGACAGACAAGGACUCACAGUCUCCGGUGCACUGUCGUUGGCACUUGAAGAGCUGAACAAUGGAGUCGAUCUGCUGCCGGAUGUGGAGAUUCAGUUGCAGUGGAACGACACGAAAUAUGACAUGGUGACUUCCACCAGGCUCAUCACAGAAAUGAGUCGUGCAGGUGUAGUAGCCUUUUUCGGACCCGAAGGUCGCUGUGAAACUGAAGCCAUAAUUGCGCAAUCCAGAAACUUGCCUAUGAUCUCUUACAAAUGCUCAGACUACCAAGUAUCUAGGCUACCAAACUUUGCUCGAUUAGAGCCUCCGGGCGUUCAGGCGACAAAAGCGUUGAUAUCAUUGCUACGUUACUAUAGAUGGAACAAAUUCUCUAUAUUGUAUGAAGAAUCUUGGAUGACGGUCGCCCUGACGUUGGCGAACUAUGCCAAGGACUUUAACAUGACUGUAAACCAUCAGAGUCCCGUCAUAAAUACUUUUAAAUGUUGCGUAGAGAAAAUGGCUUGCUGUGCACCCGGUUUCUGGUAUCAGUUCAUUCAUGAUACAAAAAACAAAACAAGAAUUUACGUUUUCCUUGGGUCGACUUCUGGACUAAUAGAGAUGAUGACCGCCAUGGAGUCGCUGCAGUUAUUUGCGAAGGGCGAGUACAUGGUUAUAUUCGUGGACAUGAUGACGUACUCUCUUAAAGACUCUGCCAAGUAUUUGUUGAAAAUCGAAGAUCGUUUAUCGUCGACAUUAAUAUGUCCGAACACACCUGAAUUUAAAAAGAGAGCCCAGUCGUUACUGGUGAUAGCUUCGUCGGAACCAUCCCCGGAAUAUGAAGAGUUUACGGCUAAAGUCAGGAGAUACAAUUCUCUAGAACCAUUCAAUUUUCCCGAUGUCUUUGGCAGCAGGUACAAUAAGUUUGUAUCCAUUUACGCUGCGUACUUGUAUGAUUCGGUGAAGCUCUAUGCUAAAGCUCUAGAUGAAAUAAUCAAGGAGGAAACUCAAAAGGAGCCCUUGACGCAGGCCAAGCUAACGAAUAUUGUCACUAACGGAACAGCCAUUGUGGCGAAGAUGAUUAAAAGUUCGCCAUACAAAAGUGUGUCCGGUUUGACGAUACGUUUAGAUGAUCGUGGCGAUUCCGAGGGAAAUUUCUCCUUGCUCGCUUUCAAGCCGAUCAACAACGAGAUUGAUAGAAACUGCAGUUACAGUAUGAUACCGGUUGCUCAUUUCCAGCAAAACAGUAAAGAGUUUCCUGAUUACAAACUGAAUUCUCGUAUACCGAUCGAUUGGCCUGACACCGUGAAACCGGAGGACGAACCGUCUUGCGGUUUUAACAACGAGAAACGUCCAAGGCACAACUCGCUGAUAGCGUUGGCGAUACCGUUAGCGUUGACGGGAACGUUGGCGGUGACUUUGUUUUGUGUGUUAUUCGUCACGGUCAGCAAAUACCGAAAAUGGAAGAUCAAACAAGAAAUAGAAGGUUUUCUUUGGGAAAUAGACGCACAGGAAGUUACCGGAUAUUCCGACAACGGCCUCGUGUGCUCGCCCAGUAAGUUAUGUCUAGCGAGCGGUAUAUCAUACGAAAUGUGCCCACAAAAAUUCACCACGACGGCGCAAUACAGAGGGAAUUUAGUCAGGAUAAAAACAUUGAAGUUUUCUAAAAAGAAGGAUAUAUCUCGGGACAUAAUGAAAGAGAUGCGGCUGCUGCGCGAGCUGCGUCACGACAAUCUCAACUCGUUCAUCGGCGCCGUCGUGGAGCCGAUGCGCGUGCUCAUCCUCACCGACUACUGCGCCAAGGGGAGCUUGUAUGAUAUAAUAGAAAACGAAGAUAUCAAAUUGGAUCAGAUGUUAAUAUCUUUGCUUAUUCACGAUCUCAUUAAGGGUAUGAUCUUCAUUCAUUCGUCGCCUUUAAAAUUUCACGGAAAUCUCAAAUCCUCGAAUUGUGUAGUUACAUCAAGAUGGAUGUUACAAGUAGCUGAUUUUGGUCUUCGUGAGCUGAAAUAUUGCGCUGAAAACAAGUUUAUUGGAGAACAUCAGUAUUAUAGAGGUUUGCUUUGGAAAUCACCAGAGUUGUUGAGAGGAUUAAACAACCCGAAUGGCAUCGUGGGCGGAACGCAAAAAGGUGACGUCUAUGCGUUUGGGAUUAUUCUAUAUGAAGUGAUAGCGAGAAAAGGCCCUUUUGAAAAUGUCGCAAUGGAGCCCAAAGAUAUAAUAGACCGCUUGAAGCGGCCGAAGUUGGACGGCGAAGAGUUGUUUCGUCCGGACACGAGCAGCAUCGACGGCGGCAUCGACGACUACAUUGUGUCGUGCAUGAAGGACUGCUGGGCAGAAGAUCCCAACACGAGACCUGACUUUCCUACGAUUAGAACCAAACUAAAGAAGAUGAAAUCGGGACAGUAAGGGAAACUAUUUAGUUUAUUUAAAUCGUUAAGUCAAAUGUUAAUAUCAAAUAUAUCACAGAAUGCAUUUAUUGGUCAUGUGCUGAGUGCCACUUUAAUUAUAUUCAAUCAUAUACUGUAUAAUAAUUUAGUAUUUGUUAAUUCAUAUUAUA